GUGAAUGCACCAAGUGGGAGCUGCCUGAAUCUAAUCAGUUUUGUGGUUUUCCCACAAAGCAAGAAAAACAAAUACAACUAUUGUGAGAUUAUAUGUCUGUAUUAUAAUAUUAUAUUAUAUUACUUAAGUGUAGUAAAUCUGUAAAUAAUCUCGCAAAUUAUAAUCAUGCCAGACUUUUUUAAUGAGAAAGAAAUUUUGGAUUUGUGCCACAGUGUGGCCCACGAAGCAGAGCUUUUGGCUGUUGAAGAAUUCAUACCAAAAAUUCCUAUGUUAAUAGGACUAAUUGGGGGAGGAUAUAUUGGUUUCGUAUGGGAAUAUGUUUUAACAGGUGUCGUAAUAGCAAUUGUCUUCUUGAUAUAUUCCUUACACUCAAAAAGACACAGAACAAAAUCAGUGGUAGAUGUUUUAAAAGACGAUCUAGACAACCCUUGGACCAAACGAAAAUUAGUGCGUCAGAUAAAUAACAUCGUUUUCCCUUAUACACCUGCAGAAGUUGUUGAUCUCUCAGAAUUAGUUAAUUCUAACACUGAAUUAAAGAAAAAAAUAAUUAAUGGACUACAGGAAUUUCUUUGCCAAGAGCAUUCUUACGUCAGAUCAGACAGCAGAUUACAAACUUAUAGAGUAAUAAUUUUGUAAAAAAAGUUAUAAAAUUUUUUUGUUGCAAUAAAGAUACAAUACAGACAUA